UGUGAGAUUCUCUAGAUACUUGAGUAGAAUGUGAGACACGUGACUGUAGUAACUAGUCGGAGCAACUAACCAACAUUUUUGUCCGACUCUUCGAGGUGGACAUUCAUUCUCACAACAUGGCCAAAAUUGCACGACACGAAGACAACGAAAUUUGAGAGAGCUGUUUAUCUAUUAUGUCGAUCUUUCUGGGAACACAGUUACUGCUUAGGGUGGCAUUCUUUGCUAACGGCGGGUGACAUGGCAAUACGCAAAAGCAUCUAGAAAUACCCCUUCUUCACCCUCCACAUGGAGGAGGCAUUGGGACCCAUAGAUGUUCUUGGGAGACUGAAAAUCGCCGGUGGACUACGGUGGACUACGGCCAUUGAUUUGGCUGGGAACUACGCCCACGCGGGCGGGACUUCGAGACUCGAGAGUGGGCAAAACAAUGCGUGGAAGUAAUCCUAGAACACCAUGCUGAAUGGGGACACCAAAUCCGAGCUUUUAGUACUCGGGUUUCAAUGUUUCGGUAACUAUUAUUAUGGUUUCACCUGCAAGGAUCCGCAAAUGUCAACCCUAUAUCAACGAUUUAUUUAGCAUCAUUUUGUGUGUAUGGCCCGUCGAUGCAAUUGAUUCACCCUUCUAACGUGAUCACCCUCAUACGGGUGUACAGCGACAUCAUCAAUCUUUCGCCACUCCAGCGUCGAUGCUGAGGUCGGCUGGCUGCAGUCUUGUUGGCCUUGGAAGUCCCCUCAGUUAAAAAAAUCGUUCAGGGAUGUCACCUCAAGCCUAAAUUAAUAUAUUUAGACCAUCCUUGGACCGGAAAUGAAGCCCGAUCUAUACUAGAGACACAACUCUAAUACCCAUAUACAUACCGGGUCCCGUGGAUUAUACGUUAGCUGUUUGAUUUGAUUCGUUCCUAUUCAGGGAACUUUUCUUGAGAUGUUCGUUUACACGCUAUCUGGCGAUCAUGACGAUGUUUCCCUCUUGAUUUCUGUCUUGUUUCUACCUUGUUUCUGUCAUGUUUCUAAGAUAUAUGCGGAUAUAUUCACCUAUUUCUGCGCCUGUGGUGUGUGGGUAAUACUAAAUAUCACUAUAGCAAUACCCCACCCACCUGCUUGCCUGCGGGACCUUCUCCCCCUUCAGUUCGGGCACUCCAAACGUCCAAGCCUUUUUUAAUACGCUGCGUUUGUGUUGCAGAAGGCUUGGCCCGUGGGGUGUUGCGAUUAUUUAUGAUACCCAGACGCAUCAAUUAAUCCCGCCUCCGAGAGCGCCGAGGGCAGCCAAGGUCCGGAAGGCGUGGAAUUAAUGUAAGACUACUAAAGCACAGAGAUUCGCACCUUUCGCAUCUUUGUUGUAUCGUUUCUGGAGAGUCAUUUUCAUACUCCUUUUAUUAAGGGCGGGGCUACUCAGAAUCCAUUGACAUUGAUUCCAUCUUGCGAAACUACCGUGCAUAUGGACAUCCUCAAAGUCGCGUCUCUAUCUAUUGUGGAAACCUAUACUUUCCAUCUUUUUAAUCAAGGUACCAUAUCGUUCUGCCGUGAGGUCUUUUGGCCCCUUUUCAUUAUUCAAUAUGUUAUCUUAAAGAUCUAUUGGAUUUGGAUAUAUCCACCGAUGGCGUCGCCACUACGCUCUCUCCCUGGCCCAAGUUAUGCACAAUUCCUUAUUGGCCAAACUUACAGUCAAAUCAAGGCCUCUAGCCCGACUUCCAUCGCCUUGACAUGGAUGAGGAAAUUUCCGGAUGCGGAUCUAAUACGAUAUGUUGCGCCAGGGAACCAGGAACUGGUUCUUGUUAACAGUCCAAGGGCGUUCCGUGAAGUAACAUUUACCCAUGCAUACGCCUUCGCCAAACCAAGAUUCCUAAAGCGUUUGGUAGGGGAUAUGGUUGGAGGUGGUCUCUUUUUUGCCGAAGGAGAGGUCCACAGAAAGCAAAAGAAGUUACUUGCCGGGCCCUUUUUAAACAGCAAUGUCAGACACUUGCUACCAGUCUUCGAACUGAAAGCUGAUGAGCUUUCUUCUUCCCUCGGGGCAGAGUUUGAGAAUAGCGAAACAGGGACCAUUGAAAUUUCCUCCUUGAUAUCAAAGACGGCUCUUGAUAUAAUCGGCCAAGCAAUUCUUGGACUCGAGCUCGACGGCCAUCCCUUUGCCAGUGAACUGGGGCCAUGUUACCACACCAUAUUCAGUUCUACUACGAUGUCCCGUGUUAUGCUCGUUCUCAAUGCUUGGGUACCGAUACGACGACUUUUACCAAUGAGAACGAAUCGAGAAUACGUUAAUGCAAAUACUAAGAUAAAGCAAAUAUUGAAGAAACAUGUACAGCAACAAGUUCAUGAAAUACGAAGUUUACAGAGUGAAGGAUCGCGACCAUCGAACAAGGACCUAUUGGCACUCAUAAUUCAAGAGCAAUUGAAGAGGUGUGGUGAAUGCGCUGAAGAUGAAAUUGUGGACCAUCUUCGAACUUUCUUAGCUGCUGGACUGGAGACCGUCGGAACCACCCUGAUGUGGGCAUUUCAUGCACUCGCAAGCCAUCAGGAUGUACAGGAUUGCCUGCGAAGCGAAAUCAAUGCAUUGAACUAUGGGAAACCUAAUGGUCUCAAGUAUUCUGACAUAUGCAAUAUGGAGUUUUUGGAUCACUUUGUCAAGGAAGUUCUUCGCUGUUAUCCUCCCUCCACAUGCACCAUGCGUGAAGCCAUACAUGACAUUUCAAUAUGUGGCCAACUUAUUCCAUCUGGCACAACCGUCCUCAUGUUCCCAGUUAUGCCUCAGUCUAACUGUACUAUCUGGGGCCGAGAUCCAGAGAAAUUUGAUCCUGAUCGUUGGAAAGCAUUGCCUCCUUCAGCUCGUGAUGGAUACGCAUUCCAGGCAUUCAAUACCGGUGCGCGAGCUUGUCUGGGAAAAUCGUUCGCAUUGCUUGAGGUCAAAGUCCUGGUUAUGAAGCUCGUGGCGCGGUGGAGGUUCUGCCAUGUCUCGAAGCCAGUGGUGUUGCAGAAGAUUGGGUUGUUAUUUAAACCUGCAAACGGGUUGGAAUUAAAAAUUGAACCUGCAUUUACGGCUUAAAGUCGUGUGUUGAGAAUCGCACAGUAGCGCCAAGUGUGUGUGGUCGUUAUCCCUCUGCAGCAGCGCGCAAGCAUCUGCCAGGGAGGGCCUCAGCCUGCCUUAUAACAACAGUUUUACCGCCAGCCCGCGCCAGUCUGUGGUACGCCGAACGCGAUCAAAUUUGGGUCCAAAGCGAAAGUCGUAGCGGUGCUGCGCAAGUCAAGAAGACGGAAAAUCACCCUGCUGUUGUCUUCAGAAAACAUGACUGGAAACACCCUAGCGCUUGGAUGCGACACACUAUCUACCACUCAAAAUAUGGAAGCAACAAAUGCCGUGAUUCGGCUUAUAGGUAGUCCUAUCCUAAGGAAGAUAGAGGUAUUCCUCGUAGAGGAAAGGGGUCCGCACCAUCCCGAAAAUCCUUCUAGACUAGACACAGAAUGCGCUACAGGUUGCGCUCACAGGCCUUCCAGGCCUUCCAGAUCCGCAGCCACUUACUCUGGUGCCCUCUGGUUGACUUCCCGUACCCGAAGCUGAUGGUAGACAUGGGCAGCAGGAGUGAGAUCACCUUGCGCAACAGGGUAGCAUUGUGAAGGAGCACAGCCAACGGGGAUGGGCAAGCAUAUGGACAGCGUCGGUUGUACAAGAGUCACGGCCCCGAUCCUCAUAGGAGUGGCGGAGCGUCCGUCGCAUGGAGCUAGACCAAAUUUGUACAACAUAACUAGUUACACCAUAAGGGAACGGGCUUCUCGGCAAAACAUAAGUCCUUCAGGUUAAUCCCCAGGGCAGAAACAGUUGGCCCUUGGCGCACUAGGUACUAUACAACCGAUCCCCACCGAAAUAUCAGGCCGAGACAAUAUAGAGAGAAAAAUUGAUGUAGUUAUAAAAGACCAAUGGAGAGAUAUUCGAGACCCUUUAUGCUAGCAGACAAGCCAGUGUAUGCCUAUAUAUGAGAUUGGCACUUCUCUCAGAAGCUCAGGACAGGCAGUGCACAAAGUUAUACAACACUGGUUGAUUUCUCCUGCCUUGCUCCAAAGCGCAGACAUGUUUUGCUUUUAGACUAAGCGCCCCAGGCCAGCAUCAGGCUUCGGACUCGCUGACUUCUUUUUUUUCCCCCUCCCCGUGCUUCCUUGUCAACCGCGGUUCAACUGCCAACCUGGACCCUGUUUGUCCUACAUGGGUUCCGUGACCCUGCUACGGCGUACAAAAUCUCACCCAUGCAGACUAAACUCCCAACCCCCAUAAAGCCCGCGGUUGCUCGGACUCGUUGCAACUAGACCAUGCGCGAUUGCAUCGUUGCCUCUAGGUUCAUGCACCCGGCCAAGGGAGCCUAGCAUGUAUAUUUAAUCACUUGUGGAAGGUUCUGAGUUAAUAGCAGUGUGGCUUGAAUGUUAUUACGUGAGGUCUAUAUAUCAAUGGGCUGAAUUGUAUGAGUCCAAAUAUGAGUCCACAUGGUUUGGGUAUGCAGUCCGCCACUCAUCUUAAGAUACUUAAAUAAAAUAUAGCAUGGGGUUUGUCGCCUCAGAGGUGGUGGAGGAGGAGUGAGGAGUGCGUAAAAUACACAAAGAGGUGUAGAAUGUAGUUGGCGUAAACGCGCUUAGUAGGCGCGAACGGGCAUGUGUGCGGGAAAUAGGGGUAACUUAAAGGGUUAAAGACACCGGCCGAAGCUAUCCCAUGUUCUUAUUAUUUACUUUCAUAAAAUAGACUAACUUCCGCCCUUCUCCAGUCCUGUCGCCAUGACCUCGCUUUCAACGCCAGAUUCUGCGUAAAUUCCUUACUCACGUUUUUUUGCAGAUUGUCCUUGUGUGAAAAACCGCUUCACAGCGCCUCCCCCCCCCGCCCCCCCGAGGGGGCCCCCAACAUUCUUCAGCAUUGCAAGCAACUUUCCCCGCGUCAGCGCAAUGUAGACAGGUGCUUCCCCUGUGAAGCCUGCCUUCCCAGAUACGGAGACACUUCCAAUUGGUGAUCUCACUCCUCUACACAAUCCGCUCCGACCAGGGCUGGGAAGCGG